AUUACAAUUCUAGCCCUAAUCAUUCGAUUUAAACCACUCGCACUCGCAGGGCAAAAUUUAUUUGUCCCGGUGCCAGGGUUUGCGAUUCGUCCGAAAGCAGAGCGAACUAGCGAGAAAGAAAGGUAAAAGGAAAAAGAUACAAUGAGCCGGAGCUUAGGCAUACCGGUGAAGCUACUACACGAGUCGUCGGGCCACGUGGUAACGGUGGAGCUUAAGAGCGGGGAGCUUUACAGAGGAGGCAUGGUCGAGUGCGAGGAUAACUGGAAUUGCCAGCUCGAGAACAUUACCUACACCGCUAAAGAUGGAAAGGUAUCACAGCUUGAACAUGUUUUCAUCCGAGGCAGUAAAGUCAGGUUUAUGGUCAUACCUGACAUGUUGAAGAAUGCUCCUAUGUUUAAACGCCUAGAUGCUAAAAUCAAGGGUAAGAGCUCAUCUCUAGGUGUUGGCAGAGGUAGAGCUGUUGCAAUGCGAGCCAAAGCUCAAGCUGCUGGGCGUGGCACGAUAGGUGGUAGGGGUGCUGUGCCAUCUGUUCGUAGGUAAUUUUGUCUUGUCGAAUGGUUUCAUUCAAGGCUCUUAUGUGAAGAGCUGCAUUGAUGGUGAUAGUUCACUUGAGAAAUUAUUGUGUUUAGUGAUCAAAGCAUGUACUGAUAUUUGAUGUAAAAGGAUUUAUAUGUUUCUUGUGUCGAGGAAUUUCGUAAUCGGUUUUCACCCCGGUACGAAUUUCCUUAGCGGGAAAAGUAAAAUGAAUAAAUA